GUUAGUGUUUUUUUUUUGGAAUUACUCAUAUUUUUGGAUGGUAAUUUUGGUUGGUGAAAGAGGGAAUGACAAAGUCCAAGCGAACAUGUGUCUCUGUUUGAGAAAAUCUCUGGGAAAGAAAGACCAAUUGAGAGCCCUCAAUUUUCUUUCCAUUUCAGCAAUUAUUCUCCAUUUCAGGGAGGAAAACAAAACUCCCAAGACAAGGAAAUGACAACCUAUGGCACAAUCCCAACCUCAUCGGACAACGGUUUGCAACACCGCCACAUUGUCAGAUCGGGCUUCCUUUCCAGCCACCGUCCGUGGCGGGAGAUGGCGGUCCCCAUCUCCCCGCCAGGGAGCAUCUCGGCCGCUCUCUCCCGAAUCAAAGCGAACGUCUCCUACUUUUACACAAACUACGCCAUUGUCGUGCUCUGCGCGAUCUUUUUGAGCCUGCUAUGGCGGCCGGUGUCCCUCAUCGCCUUCACCUCCAUGAUGGUCGCCUGGCUCUACCUCUACUUCCUCCGGGAUGAGCCGUUGGUGAUUGCGGGCUACGCGGUCAAUGAACGGGCAGUCUUGAUCGUGCUGUCGAUAUUCACGACUGCAUUGUUGCUCGCCACCGCCACAGUGAAUGUCGUGGCGGCACUUGCUGUGGGUGCAGUGGCGGUGCUGAUGCACGGGGUGUUUUCCGGCGGUCUGGAGCCGGAAAUGGAUACCGAGCAAGGCGGGGCCGGUGGUUCUGGGUUGCCUAGUAAGAAGGGAUUGGUGAUCAUGAGGAAGAUGUGUCCGAAUUUCGACAGGGAAGAGGGGCUGGAGACGGUGUUGGAGGUGCCGAUACCGGAGGAGAUGUUCGCGAGCAUGGGGAACAACGUGGCCGUCCGGUGGCAGAACAUGUCGACGUGGAUGAAAGCUCAGACGUCGGACAAGUGGUCGUCGCCGGUGAUCGUCGCCCGCUACAACGAGAUGAGCUUCCUCCUCUACACCUUGGGGUCCCCUCUGAUCCCUCUCCAACUCCAUCUCGACCCCUCCGUCCCUCGCCCCAUCAAAAAUUCUCCCAUUGAGGCGUCGACGGCGAAGUACAUAAUAACGCAGUACAUAGCGGCGAUCGGAGGGCAGGCGGUGAUGAACGCGGUGCGGAGCAUGUGCAUCGUGGGGCACAUAAAGAUCGGGACGUCGGACUUCCACCAGGGGGACCAGAGCGUCGUCAAGGCGCGGGGCAGCGAGGAGAGGGGGGGCUUCUUCCUCUGGCACAAGAACCCCGACCUCUGGUGCCUCGAGCUCCUCAUCUCCGGCUGCAAGCUCAUCUCCGGCAGCAACGGCAGGGUCGCCUGGCGGCAGUCCUCCAACCAGCAGAGGCCCAUCGCCAGGGGCAUCCCCCGGCCCCUCCGCAGGUUCCUGCAGGGCCUCGACCCCAGGUCCGUAGCCAACCUCUUCAUCGGGGCCGUCUGCAUCGGGGAGAAGAUAAUCAACGGCGAGGACUGCUUCAUCCUCAAGCUGGAGACGGCCCAGUCAGACUUGGAGGCCCAGAGCGGGCCCGGCGGCUUCGAGAUCAUCCACCACACCAUCUGGGGGUAUUUCAGUCAGAGGUCCGGGCUGCUCGUGAAGUUCGAGGAUUCCAGGCUGCUGACGGUGAAGUCGAGCAGGGAGGAGGAAGGGGUGUUUUGGGAAACGAGCAAUGAGUCGGUGAUAGAGGACUACAGGUACGUGGACGGGGUCAAUGUGGCCCACGGCGGGAGGACCUUCGUCACGGUGUUUCGGUACGGGGAGCAGUCGGCCAACCACAAGAGGGAGCUCCAAGAAACUUGGAAGAUUGAGGACGUUGACUUCAACGUCGAUGGUUUGACUGAUGAGUUCUUCAUGCCUCCUUCCGAUCGAAUUUGAUGACCUGAUGUUAACAAAUUACUCCCUUAGUGCUAUAAAUUUUUCUUCAUUUUUAAGGGAGUGAACUUUUACACUUUGACUUUCAAUUAUACCAUCCCCUUAAAAAACCUUGUUGUUCACUGUAUUAAAAGAAAAAACUGGACCACAC